AUGAACUUCCACCCGCCCUCCGCCUCGCAGGAGUUCUUAACCGCCAAAGAUGACGGCAACGACGUCGACUCGCUGGCGCAGCCGCAGAACGACGGUCGUGCCCGCCACGAAUCCAGCGAGGAUGACGAACCCAUUAUGGUCCGCCGCCAGACCCGAGAGGGGGCCAAGGAGCGGGAGGAGGGUAUGGUUCUGCGUGAGCGCCCUUCCCUUCGAGGCCCUGAGCCUAGUCGCCGUCGUGACCCCGAUAGCCACAGCCAUGAGCGUCCCGUUCUCCGUCAACCCGUUGAGUCCUCGUCAAAAAGCUUGAGCAAGCAGAAGAAGCCAGGCCCUCGUGCAUGGGCUGCCAAGCCCAUCAUGAAGAACGACAUGAAGGCCAAGAGGGAGGUGAUCCGGGAGAUUCAAGGCUACUGGGGCCAGGGCUUCAUCAAGGCGUACAUCCCCAAAUGCCACCGCCCCCUUGUUAAGCGGGGCAUCGGCAACAAGCGCUCGUAUCGUGAGCAUGAGACGGAUCCUAGAAACUGGCUACCCUCGGUCCUCAAGGCUAUCCUCAUGAUCGCCAAGCUCACUGACGACAAGAAGUGGCUGAAGAAGGCGAUGAACGACGUCGUCCGCUUGUUCACCACUGACUUUGACGUCAUUGAAGAUAUGCUCGUCAAAGAUUGGAAGGUCGCCUUCUCCUUUGAGAUCCGCUACAAGCACCUGAAGGAGGACGAUGUCACCAUUGACAACAUCCUACAGGCUGGCUCGGACCACGACGAAGAUGCUAGCGACAACGAUGAUGACAGUACGGACAACCAAUCUGAGAAUGGCUCAGGGGAUGAGGAAGACGAGGGCAUGCAGGGUCGUGGCGGUGUUUCUGCCAAGUAUCUGGAGUCGAGCGGCUACACAAAGGCGCCCAAGUAUUCUUCUCCUGCGAACCCUCGCCACCAGCCGAAGAAGCCAAAGAUGCACGACGAGACUCCUUCUAAGCGAGGCAAGCAUCAACAGUCACAGCCGCCCUACCCGCAACCAGGCAUGUAUGGCUACGGCACUCCGAUGCCCGGUUAUGGUCCGCCAAUGGACCCUUGGGGUCGUCCCAUGCCAGGCUACGGUGGUCCAGAUGGGUUCAACAACGGAUACGGAGGAUAUGGCGGCGGCGGCUAUGGCGGUUAUGGUGGCUAUGGCCCUCCACCUGGUCACGACGCUCGGCAAGGCACACAACCACCUUCAAACCCUCGAAACAUGUCGCAAUACCCUCCCCCAAACUUUGUGACGACUCCGGCUCCGAGCAUACCAGGCUCAGACCCUGGUGCAUAUGGCAAUCCCUACCAAGGCGGCCAAGUUCGUAUCAAGCGCGAGUCUCCCCCUGAUGACUUCGAAGGCUCUUCGAACGACAUAGGCGAACAGGAUGAUGACGAGCAAGAGGACAGCAGGGCUGCUGCUGAUGCUGAGGUGGAGGCCAUGGAAUUGGAGCUGAAGCUGGCGAAGCUCAAGGCUGCACGUCUGAGAGAGCGCAAAAAGAAGUGA